UCAUCCAGCAACACAAUCUCACAGCUACAACAACAUUAACACACUCCAACCCAACACAUCAACAUCAACACCACCUCUCAAAACUUCCACCAACCUUCAACAUGCAAUUCACCACCACCGUCCUCGCUCUGCUCGCCGCAGCCAGCGCCUCUGUCGCAAACCCAGUCCCAGCUGAGGCAUCAAAGAACAUGAUGGCCGCCGCCACUCCCCAAUGGACCAUCGAGAACUUCACUCGCACUUGCAACGCCAACGACAGCAACUGCAAGUACAGCUUCGGCAUCAACACCAACAACGGCCAAAAGGUCACCGGAUGCAACUACUCCGUCAACGGCAAGCCAGCAUCCCGCGCCACCUACCAGAACAUCCAGUGCGGUGAUUUCCGCAUCGGAAGCACUUGGUCUGGCCAGUUUGGUGCUGGUCAAGGUUUCCAGACUUUGAGUGUUGUGAAGGGUCGACAGAUCGUCUACCCAGGUUACACUGACAAGCAGUUGGUGAACGGAAAGGCUGUCAAGCCAAACCAGAGCUACGCUCCACAGAACUUGCCAUAGAUUUUACUUCGAUCUGAGACAGAACAAUUGCAUUGAAUGGAGCACGGGACACGCAUUGCAUUGCAUGAAACGACAGCAUAUUGAACGAUCGCAUGAGAGCAUGAAGGUAGCAUUGCAGAAAGGUUGCAUAGUUUAAUUACAAUUUGUUUUUGACUUGCGAAGGAGUUCCAGUAUAUUCUUCCUUGCGCUCAUACCAUACAACCCACUAAUUUGGGGCUACUGAACUGGAAUGAAAGUGUUCAAUAUAGCAGAUGUGCAUCGCUAAAUGGCAUUAGCUCCGCUGGAGAUCAUAAAGUGUCCAAGAUCAAUCUGCAUAUUACGAGGUGUUGAAGAUUCCGAUGAUAAUAGCUGUGCAGCCAGUGGCGUCUUGAUUGUUCGCCACGCGUGUGCUGAUGGCCAAGAAAAUUUGAAGCCUGUAAAUUACCCGAUUAGGCAAUCGAGUAAAAGAAGCUCAUGGAGGAGUUGCAUUGACAACGAGCAUUGAUGCAUACGGGCUGUCAGUCGCAGUCGUACAACUGUAGACAGACUCAGAGUUGGUAUUGUGAGUUCAGUGGUGGUUGAUGGGAGACAUGGGAGGCA